AGGUUUCUGCACCGGGUUGGAUCGUGUGAAGAACCUUCCCUUCUGCGAGACGGAGACCUUUGCCGUGCUCUUUGACCCGCAGAGCGCCAACCGGCCCCUCGGAGAAGUGGAGGUUGUCCUGCCCAUCAAGGUGAUCUCCGGGCCCACCUUCCACGUCUCCUUCCGGGCCACGGUGAUCAUGCCGUCCCUCUGCAUGUCCAACGAGAACCUGGACUUCUCUGCAGUCCAGUGCGGCCAGUGCCAAGUGGAGACCAUCCAGCUUCACAACCAGCUGCAGGUGAACUGCGAGUGGUUUGCUCACAGCAGCGAGCAAAUGAAGAAGGUGGACAAGCACAUGCCAGCGGCCUUGCGGCGGAAGUUGCGCCAUGAACUGAAGACCAAGCCCUUUGUCUUUGAGAUGAUCCCUCCCUACGGGAUCCUGGGCCCCGGAGAGCGGCUCAACGUCCAGGUCAAGUUUGCCCCAAGGGAAGAGAAGUCCUACCGCCACUACAUGAUCCUGAGCAUCGCCCAGAGCACCCAGCAGCUGGUGCUGACCGUCUCAGGACAAGGCCUCGAGCCGCGCCUGGAGUUCAACCCCUCCAUUGUGGAACUGGGCCCCCUCCUGCCUUACGCCUCGGGUGACGAGGCCGAGGUGGUGGUGAAGAACCCCUGCUCCUUCCCCAUCGAGUUCUACUCCUUGGAGUUCGACCAGCAAUAUCUCCUAGAAGAACGGAUCCUCCGCAUGCUGAAGGGCUACGACUCCCACCACGUCCUGCUGCUGCCGCCCCGCAUCCCUGGGGAUAAGCUGCCCCCCGAAGUCCUGGAGUUCUAUGAGGAACAGAAGAAGAUCCUAGGUGACCAGGAGGCCACCAAUGUGGAAACCGUAGACGAAGACGUGGCACCCCUUUCUGAGCCCGGAAUGAGGCCUCAGCCUUCCAGCACCGGGCAAACCGUCUCAACAGUUGGCUCGCUCCUUCAUUCCCUCUCGGUCCAUGAGGACAACCGGAGCUUCAGGAUAGAAUCUAAGCUGGACCAGGAGGAGGAAGAGGAAGAAGAGGGGACGGACAAAUGCCAAGCGCAAGCAGGGAGCCAGCUCAGCCUGGUGGCCAAGCACAAGGAGGCCGUGGGAGAGCUGGACAACAACCCCGUCUCCAAGGCCAUUGCGCGCCACUUGGGCAUUGACAUCUCUCCGGAGGGGCGGGCGGCCAGGAACCGCAGGGGCAUCGCCAUCAUCAUCCACGGAGCCCCCCUGACAGGGAAGACAGGGGCGGCUGUGACCAUGGCCAAGCACUACAACGCCGCUUGCUUGUCCAUUGACGCCAUCGUGAUGGAGGCCAUCUCCGAGCGGAGCAGUUUGGCAGGGCUUCGGGCGCGGGAGCUCUGCAUCCGAGCGGCCAUUGAGCAAGCCCAACGAGAAAACGAGGAAGGAGGAGGAGGCGAAGGGCAGCCCGGUCCGAGUUUGGGCAGCAGGCUGAGUGGCGAGGCCUUGGCCAAGCACCCCUCCGAUGGCAGCCAGCACAGUUCGGAGUCCAAAACGGGGCCCCUCUCCAACCUCUCCAGAGGCUACCGGGGCAGCACCGUGACCACGAAGGGGAAGCCGGAAAGCCACGGGUCACAAAAGCCGGAGAAACCGCCGCUGCCACCAUCGCAGCACCCGCAGUCGGAUCAAUACGGCUCCCAGGUGAGAGCAGGGCAGGUCAUCGUGGGAUCCUAUUUCUGGGGGAAAGAGCUCUCCUCCCAGGUCCCAUCCAGCCCCAUUCCCUGCGGUCCCGUGCAGCGGCGCCUCAGCCUCAGUGCCAGCGUGACAGGAGACUAUGGGCUGAUGAGCUGCGUGCUUCCCGAGGAGCUCUUGGUCGAGAUCCUUUCUGAGAGGAUGCAGCUCAACGACUGCUAUCGCGGGAUGGUGUUCGAUGGGCUGGAGACCAUCUUUGCCCGCAGCAUGACGUCCGCCCUCCUCUGCGUCCUCAAGGCCAUCAACAACCGGCGUUAUAUCUAUUUCGUGAACCUGAUCCAGGACUUUGCCGCGAUGAAAGCCAAAGAGAAAAGCAAACAAGAGCAAGAAGAACGAGAGCAGCAAGAAGCCAUUGCGCGCGAGAAGGCGCGUCUCCAGGAUAUGGACGAAGAGGAGUACGAUGCCUUGACCGAAGAACAGAAGAUCCAUUUUGACAGCGAACUCUUGCAGGCUCUGCGGGAGCGGAAGAAAAGGUCAGGAGGGGGAGAGGCUCUCAAGCACUUCACCUUCCUGACCUCCGAAGACGCGAAUGCGGAAGAGGACAAGAAGGACACCGAGGCCAGCUCCGAGGCGACGUCCAGCCUCCCGGCCGCCAAGGAGGAGCAGGUCACCCCGACCCGCGGCAGGGCCAAGAAGGAGAAACCUGAGCCGCCGCCACCACGCGAAAACCCCAAGGAUAAGAAAGGGGCGGCACGGGGGCGGAAGGGCGCUCAGGCCAGUCCUGGCACCGUCGCCACCCCCACCGAGGUGGACCAGGGCAACCUGACGGCCGAACUCUCCAGCGAGAAGCUCACCAGGGGCUUUUCCCCUUGUAGGCUGAACCAUUACCGCUGGAUCGUCCCUGCGAACGGAGAGGUGACCAUGCGCCUCCAUUUCGCCUCCAACACGACCGGGCUCUUUGAUCAAGUCCUCAAUUUUGAGAUUGUGGGAACCCGCCGUCAGUAUCAGCUGUACUGCCGCGGAACCUGCACGUACCCCAUCAUCUCUACGGACCCCACGGUCGUUUUCCCCCACCGCAAGAAGACUAUGAAGCCCGACGAAAUGGUCUGCAAAAAGUUUGUCAUGAGCACGAAUGUGUUCCACUUUGGCCCCUUGCUCUGCGGGAAGUCGAGAGAGAAGUACAAGGUGUCUCGAUACCCGAACCACUUUGAGAGGAUCACCAUCCUCAACAUCUCCCCUUUGGAGGCCGAGGUGCAUUUCUUCUUCCAGUACGACUCCAGGGCCAUCACCUACCUGCUGGACCCUUGCUCCCUCACCCUCAAGCCCAACGAGAAGCAGCUGCUGACGGUCUGGGCCUAUCCCACGGCCAGCGGGAUCUUCGAGGACAACAUUGUCUGCUGCAUCAAGGAUAACCCGGAGCCCAUCACCUUCCGGAUCUCCUGCCAAGGGGUCCGCCCAGAACUGGAGCUGGACCGCCGACAGCUGCAUUUUGAAAAGGUGCUCCUCCACAG